AUGAGUGAUAUCAAUGAAAGAAAACAAGCAAUUUAUGAAAAAUUUCAAAAAGUUUUAAAUGAAGAGAAAUUAGGGAAUGAAAGUGGUGAAAAUAAAAAAGAAACAAAUGUAAAUAAUAAUAAUAAUAUAGAAAAAGAUAUUCAAAAAAAUAAUGAUGAUAAUCCAAUACUUGAAAAACCAAAUAGAUUUGAAAGUGAUAUAUUAUUAGAAAAGAGAAGAAAAGAAUUGGAAAAAGAGAUUAACGAAAUUAAUGAAGCUUUAAAUAAAAAAGGAAGUUCAAGCCUUACUAAAUCAAAACCAAAAGAAUCAUGGUAUACAUCCUAUCCAAAAUUAAAUUCAUUUUUUUCACAUCCAGAUUUUCGUGAUUGGCAAAAAUUCACUUCAAUCAUGUCAAUUGCUGGUUUAGUAAUGGGUGGUCUUCAUGGUUAUAGUGAAGGUAAAAAAUAUAUUAGAGAAUCUAUUGCAAAAUCCAUACACAGUCCAUUAUCAAUUUCAUCUGUUCAAUUAAAUCAAAGAAAAACAUUAGGUAUAAUGGUAUUUAGAUCAUCAUUAAUAUUUAGUUAUAGAUGUGGUUUAUAUACAGCAACAUUUUUAGGUACAGAAUAUUUAUUAAAGAAUAAUGUUUUUGGUGAAAGUUUAUUAAAUAGAACAUUGGCUGGUACUGCCAUUGGUGUAUUAAGUGCUUUUCAUAUGAGAAAAAGAGGUAAUUUAGUAGUUCCAAUUUCAAUUUGCAUGGGAACUACCAUUGGAUUUUUUACUGGUUGUGCUGAUUUAUUAGUUGAUAAAUCUUUUAGAAAAAUUGAACAAUUAAAAAAAGAAUCAGAAAAUAAAUAA